CUUCAUUUAUUUAUAUAUUUUUUAAUAUGUUAGUUUUGAUUUAAAAGUUUUUGUAAAAAAUUCGAAAUUUUAUUGCUUCAUGGCCUUUAGAGCGACAAAUAGUGCCAUCGUCAUAGACAGCCUGAUAGCUGAGUUAGUUCAGGAGGUUAUUAGCGAUCGGCGUUUAUUGACGAAGGAUUCAAAUCAUAUUCAAAUAGGGCCAUGCGAAAAGCUUUUUGAGGUUUUGGGCAUCACACAAUGCGACCGACAGGGCGCCGAUGACAACGUCAGGAUACAAGCUGCUCACCUGGAGAGCAAGAUGGCACACGAGGGCAUAGACGCUACAGCUCCCGCGGAUCCCUCAACCGGCUACCCGGCCAACCAACCAAAUCAGAAAUGGCACACUUGGCUAGAACAGGCUCUGGCUGCAGAUUGCUCUGAAGAUGAGUUGGAAAUUUAUCGCAAGCAACAAAAGUCAAUCAAGGAGUCUACGCAUAUCGCCUGUCAAACGGAACAGCCGCGUAUCCGGAAGCGUAAUCAGGUGCCGAUAGAAACGUUCAAGGCUCGACAAGUGCGUGGCGUCCCAGCAGCACCUUGUGAAAUGAGUCGCCAGACAAUAUACAUUGAUACGAUGUCCACGCCUACACCCAGCAUGCAGACCCGCCCGCCCCUGGCCGACCGGUUCUGCUAUAUGUUGACCGAUUUCGCAUCGGCCCUCUACUGUAGUCUUGCCAUCAUGUGUUGUUGUACCCCCAGUAUGUUUCGAUAAAUAUGGGUGGUGUUUAAC